AGAGCUGGGCAGAGGAACCAGAGGGAAAAUCCACCUUCCCCAGCACAGCCGUAACAUCCACCUCACUCAACUGCUUGUCAAGUUCACCACCAACACAGAGGGGGCUCAGAUAAUCAAGAAGCAAUGUCGAGUGAUGAUAAAAGUAAAUCAAAUGACCCCAAGACUGAGCCCAAGAACUGCGAUCCCAAGUGUGAACAAAAGUGUGAGUCCAAAUGCCAGCCCAGCUGUUUAAAGAAGCUGCUGCAACGCUGUUCUGAAAAGUGCCCACGGGAAAAGUGUCCAGCACCACCCAAGUGCCCGCCCUGCCCCUCGCCAUCCCCUUCAUGCUGCCCUCCCAAACCCUGCGCCAAGCCCUGUCCUCCUAAAUGCCCUUCUUCCUGCCCACCUCCCUGCCCUCCCCCAGAGUGAGGCACUGUGGGCAUUACCCAACCCCACUACCACUGCCACCUCCACCAUGUACAACGCUGUGGGUACUGAAGCCAUGAACUGACAAGUAAACGUGUUCCUCUGCUGUGCAA